AUGGCACGACAUUAUGAUUCGUUCGCCGAUGCCGCAAAAGCUGCUGGAUUCUUAGACGACGAUAGAUACUACAGGCAAAGCCUGCAAGAAGUUGCACACUACCAAUCGGCAGCGGCAAUGAGGAGUUUCUUCGCCUGUCUGCUGUGCUUUUCCGAAUUGGUACAGGCGCAAGAUCUGUGGGAGGAAUUCGCUAAUAUGAUGUCGGACGAUUAUGUUCACCAGGGAGUCGAUGGAGAGUCCGCAAUCGCUUUGGCUUACUUCGACAUCCUCGAUCGAGUGGCUACAAUGGGUAGAGAUUUGAGACAAAUUAUUACUCCGCCUACCGGAGAAAGGCCAGCUUUACCACUACUGCCGAUUGAUUAUGCAAACGGGCCUGGCGGCAGUGGCAAAACAUAUCUCUACAGCACUGUGUACAACAUAGCUGUUGGAAGGAGUUUUCAAGUUGAAUAUUGCGAUGGAAAUCGAACGUCUUCAAUGAGACGGCAACAAAAAGAAGCUGAGCGCCUUAUGGAGACAGACAUGAUAAUUUGGGAUGAAAUCUCCAUGGCUCCAAAAGUCGCUCUCGAAGCAGUGGAUGCCCUCCUUAAGGAUAUAAUGCAAGUGGACGCCCCUUUUGGCGGUAAAGUGAUUGUGAUUGGUGGUGAUUUCCGACAGAUCCUGCCAGUUGUUGAACACGGUCAACGAGAAGAUAUUGUAGAAGCAUGUGUUUUGAAUUCAUUUCUGUGGCCAUUGUUCCGUGUCCACCGACUUGAGAUGAACAUGAGAGCAUGUGAAGCUGGCAGCGAUUGGCGUGAACGUCUACUUGAAAUUGGCAACGGACAAUCCAAUGACGAUGACGGCUACACAGUUAUUUCUGAAGAGAUGAUGUGUAGGACGGAUAUAAUCACAGAAAUUUUUGGCAAUGUUCUCGACCCGUCAACCACUUCGAAUCUUUGCGAAAAUGCUGUCCUGGCCCCGAAGAAUGUGCACGUCCAGCGCCUGAAUGAGGAUGCACUGCAACGUCUUAUCGUUGAAACAGCACAGGAUGAACGCGUUUACAAAAGCGUUGACGAGGCCAUUUACCCUGAAGGACAGCCACGACAGCUGUUUCAAUUGGAGUAUCUCAAUUCCCUCACACCCACGGGUAUGCCUCCACAUGAGCUACAUUUGAAAAAGGGGGUUAUAGUUAUGUUACUAAGGAAUUUGGACGUGGCGAAUGGGUUGUGCAAUGGGACACGUCUUAAGGUCGAAACACUCGGACGCUUUACGCUAGGCUGCAGGUUCAUCUGUGGAGAUAGGAGAGACCAAUUGGCUAUAAUUCCGAGGAUAGACAAUUACUGGGACCAGAGGACUCCCUUCAGACUUCGUCGACGACAGUUCCCUGUCCGCGUAGCUUUUGCGAUGACGAUCAACAAGGCGCAGGGACAAUCAUUUAACAAGGUCGGAGUCUUUCUACCUGAGCCCGUGUUUUCCCACGGGCAGUUAUAUGUUGCGCUCUCCCGUGCGCGAACACCACCAUGGAAUUAA